AGUCCAGACCAAGAGGAGCCAGAACCUCCACAGAUUAAGGAGCAGCAGGAGGAGCACUGCAUCGGUCUGUCUCUUUUUGAAACCACAUUUAAAUUCACUCGAAUUUACUGGAUUUUUGCUUGGAUCGGCACCUAAAUAUAAACACUGAUAACUAUCAGUAAUCUAUCAGUUACCUACUUCUGUCUAUUGUCUCCUCUAGAGCUCCAGGAGCAACAUUUUUUUAAUGAAGAAGAGUUUCCAUCUGACCAGCAGCUCUGGAACCUUGAGAGGAACCCCAGUCUGGACCAAGAGGAGCCAGAACCUCCACAGAUUAAAGAGGAGGAGGAGCACUGCAUCGGUCUGGAAGUAGAGCAGCUUGUACUGAAGCAGGAGGAUCAAGAUAACCUUUUGUUGAAUCCUACACUGAAGGAAAGUGACCACAGUGAACCAGAACCAAGUGACCACCAGCUCCUCUCCCACAGCUCAGCUCAGAGCCAAGAUCUCAACGGAGGCCAGCAUGGAAACUCAACAUCAGUUAGUAAUGCAGAGCAGGCAUCAGAAAAGGGACAUCAUGUCAUCACAAGAGCAACAGGGAGCGAAAGUCCCAGUAACCUUGCAUGUAGCACUACCAUGUCAAAGAUUGUGCCGAAUAUCUGCAAGAGUAAAAAGGUUCUCCAGUGUGACACUUGUGGAAAAGUCUUUAAGUGGAAGUCAGACUUAAAUAGACAUCUGAAGGUGCACACAGAUGAGAGGCCACAUCUUUGCAAAACCUGUGGAAAGAGAUUUCGUUACAAGUCAGCACUAGAAAAACAUUUUAGGGUCCACACAGGGGAGAAAAUGUAUUCUUGCAAAUUGUGUGAAAAAAGUUUCACAUUAAGCACAAAUUUGAAGGUCCACGAGAGAACACACACGGGCGAGAGACCUUUUUCUUGCAAAACUUGUGGGAGAAGUUUUAACCAGAGAUCUACCCUGCAGGGACACGAGAGAACGCACACGGGCGAGAGACAUUUUUCUUGCAAAACUUGUGAGAAAAGUUGUAGUGCGAGACAAAACCUGCAGGUCUACGAGAGAACACACACGAGUGAGAGACCUUUUUCUUGCCAAACUUGUGGGAGAAGUUUUAACCAGAGAUCUACCCUGCAGGAUCACGAGAGAACGCACACGGGCGAGAAAGCUUUUUCUUGCCAAACAUGUGGGAAAAGUUUUACACGUGGAUGUAGGUUGAAAGUCCAAAUGAGAAGCCAUAAAGGGGAGGAGUCGUAUCCAUGUACAACUUGUGGGGAAAGAUUUGUUAUCAAAUCACUUCUAACCAAACAUUUGAUGACCCAUACAGAGCAAAACUGAUAUUUUUGUAAAAUGUUGUAAAGAUCUCUCACUUGCCAGUUUAUACAAAGUCCACAGGAGAAUACAUCCAGUUGAGAAGCCACACCAUGGCAACAGGAGAGGGAUAAGAUUUGCUCAAGCAUUGUCAAAGAAGUUGUUACUUAGAUAUUUAUUUAUUAAUUAGUGAUACAACAGUUAGAGAAAACAACACUGGAAAUGUUUUCAGGAGACCAAACAAGUGAUGAACCUUGUUGUAGUUCAAUGCUUUAUGAAGUUCCAUCACCACUGAUGAGGAGCAGACUUCAAUAACUUCACAAAGCAUUGAACUACAGACAGGUUCAUCACUUACAUCUACACAAGAGAGAUUGUGUACAUUUGCAUUAGCUGCAUCUCUGUAACUGAAUGUGGAAAAUAUCCCAUUGAGGAGACAUCACAAUAUCUUUGAUGCAGUACAUGGUCAACAACAUUUGCUGAAGUACCAACUUUUCUUUUCUUGAUGUGACUGUCAUUGAUAUUUACAUCUGCAAAGGAAGUGAUGUUUUCACCCAUGUCUCUUUGUUUAUUAAUUUAUCAGCCAUUUAUACCAGAUGGUGCAGGAAGGGGACGGGGGUGAGAGAAAUUGAUUGGGUAAAGUGGCAGAUCCAGGAUAUUUUAUUAUCAGUGAAUGUUGAGAGAUGUUGUCAAUGUGUCAGGAAAGACUGUGGAUCAAGAUGUAUAAAUCUAACAUAUUUGUGGUUCAGAAAUUUAUAAGAACAAAGUAUGUGGUGCAGAAUAUCAGAUGACUUCCCUUUUCUUUUUCCUAUUACAAAAGAAGAAAAUAUGUUGUUAAUGUGUACACUGUCGUAAAUGACUCACUGUAAAUGGUUAUUCUUUUGUACUAUGUGUAUUCAAUACUUCAGUGCAUUUGCAGUUUAUUAAUGUUUCUUGAAUUAUUGUGAUUGUAUUUUACGUCUGUCACACGUUGAAUCGGUGUUUGUCUUUGUGGAGGAAAAUUCCCCUGACUAUGUGUCUCCCUGCUAUGACCUUGAUAAACAGGAUGGAACCCUUA